GAUCCGAACAGCCACUCAAAUAACAACAUGGCCGAGGUGUACGUAUAGUUGAAUCGUCCGCUCUGUAUUCAGGUGCAAGUCACAAUGCAGCAACCACCGCCACGGAAGGUUAAAAUCGCCCAACGUGUAAGAAAUGUACACAACGAACAACUCAGUAAGCUCCAAUCAAAACAGCAGACCGAAUACGAACUCCUGGACGAUGUCAGGGAUUUUGCCAAGCAGCGGGCGUCUAUUGAAAAGGUGUAUGCACAGUCUUUGCUUAAAUUAUCGCAAGAUUUCUACCACAAAAGAAAGUUUCCAUCUGUACCUGACAUCAAAGCUGAUGACAGAAAAGAUCACAGGACAGCAUUGGAAGUAUGGAAGGCCAUUUUGGAAGAGACAGGAAAAUGUGCAAAAGUGAAGCUAGCUUCUGCUGAGAAACUGAAUUCACAGAUUUCUGAAAAUGUAAAAACUGUAAAAAAUCAGAAAACCCAAUUAAACAAGAAGUACAUUGAUAUUUUAAACACAUAUCACGAAGAAGUUGCAGCAACAAUACGAGAUUUCACGAAAGCUAAAAAGUCUUACAUAGAAAAUGAGACUGUUGCUAAGGAUUUGAGAGAGAAAGCGACUGAUGCUGAGAAUAAGUUGAAAAAGGGUAGUUUGAAAAUCUUUCAGUCGAGGACUGCGUUAGAAAAAAAUUGUGCCAAACUAGAAGCCAAACGGGAUUUGUAUAACAGACGAUCUACAUUUGCAAGGAAUGAAUAUUUAAUUAAUAUGGCUGCUGCAAAUUGUCAUCAAACGAGAUUCUAUCUAGUUGAUUUUCCUAAACUUUUAGAGAUAUGUAGAGACUAUGAAAAGCAGUGUUUUCUUCACGAGAACCCAUCAUUCACGGAUGUACCACAUUAUAUGUAUGAGCCAGUUGACAACGACCAGGUGAAGAUUGUUGCGCUUGAUCAAAGUUUGAGUUUACAUUUUAACAAAGAAGCUAGGAAGUGGGCAACAAAAAUUGCUAGAGAAAAUAAAACAAUUAAUAGUCUAGAGAAGAAAUUGGCAGGACUUCCCACGGUGAUGUCAUCUUCAUCUUUAAAAUCUUUGGAGUCUAAUCCUGAAGCCAAUGAGGCAGAACUGUGUCUAGAGCAAACCAAAAACCUGAUUAGAAAGUCAGAAACUUCGAAAUUGAAAGCUGAAGCUAAAUUAGACUGUUUACGGUCAACACAAAUCGAUGUGGAUGAGUGGUUACAGAGUGCGCAUGAAGCGGUGUCCUUGGAAGACGAUACUGUGAGUCGGGCUGAAAGUCACUCGUCAACAAAUUCUGGCGCUAGUAGUGGAUUUGGUGCUAAUGAUGAAGAUUUUGAUAUAACGUAUGAGGAUUCUUAUGAUGAGAUACCUAUGGGAAAUGACAGUUUUGAUGAUACAUAUGACGAAGUGUCAUCACCAAGGCAACAAACAUUACACUAUCCGGUGAAAUGUACUGCACUCUAUGAUUACCAGGCACAAAGGGAAGAUGAGCUGAGCAUUACACAGAAUGAAUCGCUAGAACUUAUAGAAGAAUCUGAGGGUGAUGGAUGGGUUAGGGGUCGUAAUCAAAAUGGCGAGAUUGGAUAUUUCCCAGAAACCUACAUUGAGAUGCCAAAACAAAGUGAACCUAAGUCGUUAUCUUCAACAGAUCUAGAAGUUCAGAUGACAUUAGGAACAAAUGACCCUGGAGUUUGUAUGGUGAGGGCGCUCUACGAUUAUAAUGGAUCCUCUGAAGAUGAGUUGUCUUUUAAUGAAGGACAGCUAAUUAAAGUGACAAGAAAGGAUGAUAAUGGCGUUGAUGAUGGAUUCUGGGAAGGUGAAGUCAAUGGUAAAAUUGGUGUGUUCCCAUCGAUGGUUGUAGAGGAAUUACAUUCUAUGCAGCCGCCCAUGGUCAUACCAGUUAAUGAUAAAUCCGCAGAGCCAACAUGGCAGUCUAAACCCGUGUUGUCAACGUCACUACCAAAAUCUAGUUCGCUAACAUUUGAACAUGGUACGUCACUUCAAGAUGGUUUGGCUCCUCCGCGGGAAAGAGUACGACCCUCUUCAGUUAACAUCGCCGAACAAAAUUAUUAUAGUACAAGCAAUUCGUACAUGUUACCAACAUCAUCUCAUCCACCACAAGCAGUGUCCGCUCCUCAGAGUCCAACAUUCUCUAGACAUAAACCAUGUCGAUCAGCUCCUGCCCCACCUACUAAAGGUAAAAGUGCGUUUUCAUUCAGUACCACCACCAGCUGGCCAAGGAAAGAUUCAGAUAUUUUAUAA